GCCGCUCGGCCGCCGCUCGCCGCCGCUCCGGCCCCGGCCCGCCGCUAGCGCCGCCGCGCCGCUCCGCCCGGCCCGCCGCUCCGGCCAAUGGCGGCGUCGCGCAGCAACGCGUCACAACGACGCGGCCCGCCCCGCGCCCCCCUGCGGCCGCCGAGCCCGAUCUCCAUUGGCCGCGGUGGGCGCGGGGCGGGGCGUACGGGAGGCCGCGCGCGGCCAUUGGGCGGCCGCGGAGACGGGCCGUGUUUGUUUUGCUGGCUGAGGGGCGGAGCCCGGCCGCCCAUUGGUCGGAGCGGGAAGGGCGGGAGCGGGCGAGGCGCGCCGCCGCGUGGAACUGGCGGCUCCGGCCCCCCCCGCCCCGCCGGCAGCAUCUCGUGUCGGGCUCCUGUCGUUCUUAGGAAUCACAGCACGAACAAGAUCCGUAAAUCUCCAGCCAUCUCUUCUCAGACGCGCUGCUCCGGGGCCAAGAUGCAGAACAGUUGAAAUGUUUCGUCACUGAAGCGCAGCAGAAGUCAUCACUAACGGCGAUGCAAGAAAACGGCCAACCGGGGGGAAAAGAGGUGGCUCUGAAAGCAUUAGGUUGUGCUCGUUUGUUCUCUUUGAAAGCCUGUUUACCUGCAAGUGAUCGGCAUGCUUGAAAACACGUGCAAGAGUUCAGUUUGUAAGCUUUUAGGAAGGGGCUGCGGUAGAUGCAGCCAGGAUUUCCAAGGCCUACCCAAAGGCUUCUCCACAGUGCAAUGGCUGAACGCGGCCUCUUUAGUUAACCUUCACAUUCCGUCUGCGAGCAAUUCCUCCUGCUGCCUUUUCCCACGAAGAGCGCUGAAGGUCAGGACUGCUCACCAACUGCCCGCAGUUGUAACCACGUGUUCUGAAACACAGCUUUGGGGGAAGUCCGUACUGUCCCCAUCCACUCUUUCUCUUCCUUUUCUUAUUUGAAUAUAUCCUCUCCUUUCACCACCUUUGUCUUAAACUGACCUUGGUGCAUGCACACACACACACAUACACAGACUGGGCUUUGUGGCUCUAACAUUUCAUGUCUCCAUCACUGUAAGAGCGUGAACUGCUCCUUUCUUCUUCUCCAAGACAUCGCCACGUGCUGAAGAACCAGAACGAAUUUGCCUUUGAGGGAAAUUAAAUAGCACUUUGUUUCCCCGGCUGCACACCUUAAUCCUUUUCAACUCUUUCUUGCUUGUCAGCUUAAGGACACCACCUCAGCGGUAGCAGCUGGCUGCAAAAGCCACGCUCUGGGAGUUCAUGGGAGCAGUUUGCCUUUCAGUGACUCUAACUUAGAAAACAAGCUAGAAAAUGAACCUGUGCUGCUACUUGGACAUAGCAGUCAUCCGUCCAGCUACUCCCGUGUUAUUGGGGAUCAGAAUACAAAUCCCACUUAUCCAGGCUCAGAGGCUCCACCAGUAGGGCUAUCCAGGUGUGCAUUCUGUGUUUUAAUGCACCUUUCCGGGAGGUUCCUACAGCUGAGAGUUGAGACACCUCACCAAACGGCAGGAACAAGUGAUUUGGUACUGCCGUAUAUAGAAUCUUCUCGCACAGAGAACGCGCCGCAGCUGGUCCCAGUGGGCUAUGGCGCGGUAUGACGUCACCUGGCAUCAGCGUGACGUCACUGCCCCCCCCCCCCCCCCCUCGCUGAGGAGAGGAGCGCUCCCACCGCCCUCGGCCGUCGCUCUCGCGCCUGGCCGUCCAAUCAGCGAGCUGCUCACAGCGCGAGACGCGACGACCAAUGGCGGGGGCGCUUGCAUCCGGCGGUGUCGCUCUGGCGCCGGGAUUGACCCUCGGGGGCCGCCGUAGGCGCGUCCGCCCAUUGGCCGGGGAGGAGGGGCGCCCGCCGCCGAUUGGCCGCGGCUCGGCGCGCGGGUUUCCGGCCGACGGGGCCGCGGGGCGGCGCGGGGCCGGGCGGCUCUCGGCAUGGCCGCGCAGCCGCCGCUCGGGCCGCGGAAACGGAGCGGUCCCGCGCUGUGCGGGGCGGGCUGGCCGCGGGGCCCCGCUCCGGCCGCCGCGCUGGGGAACGGCCUCCCGCCCAGCAAACGCCCCAAGGGGCCGGCGGGGGUCGGGGCGGCGGCGGCGGAAGACCCCUUCGGGGACAACGACGACUUCACGGCGGACGAUCUGGAGGAGAUCGACACGAUCGCUUCGCAGGCGCUGUCGCAGGACGCUGCCGGACGGGCCCCGGCCCCAGAGAGCCGCCCGCAGAGCGCGUGGGGCAGCGCCGCGGAGCCCGGAGCUGAAAGAAAUGCAGGAUGAAAUUCUUACUAAAAAUGGAGAAAUCAAAGUUCUGCGUGACUCGAUGCAGCAGAUGAAGCACACCAUGGAGGAGCAGAGAAGGUCGUACGUGCUGUUGGAACAGCAACAGUCUCAGGCCCUCGGUGAAAAGGAGAGAGAGUUCUCCAAAAAGUUGCUGUCACUGCAGUCGGAGCUGCAGUUCAAAGAUGCAGAAAUGAAUGAAUUAAGAACGCGACUUCAGAACUGUGAAAGAAAUAAACACAUAACUCAAACGGUUGUGCCACAAAGUAGCCCUACAAAGAAUUCUGCAAUCCAGAUGAAAUCAGAAGGGUGUCCUCCGCAGCCUGGAAAAAGGGCUUUUCCUACAAAAGAGUCUUUCAAUGCUGACACCACUGCCAGACCUCCUUCUUCUUCUUCAGGAAACUGGUUUGCACAGACAGGUUCCAGCAAGGAAGACAGUAAGAUGCCUCAUCCUGAGUUGUUAUCCAUAAAGCAAGAAGCAACGGGGAAGAAUGGUUCUUGUAGUUCUGUACAUCAACGAAACAUUCAAGAGGAUGGAAAAGCCACUCCAAAGACAAUCUCUCCAGGUUCUGCCCUACUGAGCGCUCUGCUGAAGCAGCCCCUUGUCUCUGGGUCCCCGCUGGGACUUUGCCAUCUUCUCAGCAGCAAUGCUGAGGCUCUGCCAGGAGCUGUGCUGCAGCCCGACCUUCUGGAAACGCAGUCCACGCAGACGCCUGGCACCAGGACAGCCCAGGAAGAAGUUGCCCCUCUUGUGUCCCUGCAGGAAGCUCAGAAACUUGCACUAACAGGACUGAACUUGAUUGCUAUGGAUGAAGGGCCGUCCGAAGGGAGCCCAGCAGGAAGUGGGAGUGAGGUCUUGUAUUUGAAACGCUGCAAGAUCCGAGGAGCUGUGCAUCUCUUGCCCUUGGUGGAACACCACAUCGGUGCAUACUGUCAAGCAGUGCAAUCAAUGGACAAGUCAGUAAAUGCUUCUUGUGGAAACCACUCAGUUGUUUCUUCCAGAGCCAGCACAAGUAAGGUAUCGAGUAAGGAGGACUUCAGGUUGUCUGUUGAAGAAACAACACUUCUGUCGCUAGGUAUUCUUUAUUAUUUGGCAUUUUAUAGCUGGGACGUUGUCCACAUAUUGCUGUCUAAUGAGGUGGAAAAAAGUCCUGCUGUUGGAGAAGGACACAUUUCCAAGACAGACAAAGAUGCGCUGUGUGAUAAUAAAGAAGAGGACAGGACACAAGGAGGGCUGCCUGACGCUCCACAGGAUGCUGCUAGUAAUGUUCAAGCCCAACAUUCUUUGUUCAAAAAGCUGCUCCAGGUUUUAGCUUUUUCUGCCACCGCAGGCUCCCAGAUGGAUAGCAUCCUGCAGGAAAGCCUGAGAGUUCUGGUGAAACUAGCUGAAAACUCAACGAUGGAUUUGCUACUAAGUUUUCAGCACCUCCUGAGCCACCAGGUGCUGCUCCACUGCCUGUGCCCGGCGAUCCCUUUGCACGCUGUUCUUCUGACUGUGAAGCUGCUGUCCGUACUUGCUCAACACCACCAGCUGGUUGCUCACCUUUGCUCCCACUCAGAUACCUGCCUGCUUCUUGCACUGUACACGUACAUCACGUCAAGACCAGAUAAGUCGGCCUCUGAGGUGCGUUGGCUGCAGCUGGAGCAAGAGGCAGUCAGGCUCCUGACCCGGUGUGUGCGGUGCUCCAGCCCAACAGUUUUACCCCCUGCUGCACACUGCCAGUGUAAUCUGGAGGUGGUUAAGGCACUAAUAAUAAUGUUACACAGACAGUGGAUGAAGAUUAGAAGAUCUGAGAGCAGCUUGUGUGCACAUAAGGAGCAAGUCAUUCAGUUUUUAAGGGACGCUGUUUUACUCUUACACAGCCUAUCUCAGAAAGACAAAUUGUUUCAUGAGCACUGUUUGGAAGUCCUCCAUCAAUAUGACCAAGCCAUGCCAGGCAUAAGAGCCAUCCUCAGAAAGACUAAAAAACUGAGCGCCUGCGAAGAGCUGAUUUUGGAUGAAUUGUAUCCCCCUGAGCCAGAAGCAGAAGAUCAGGACUCCAGUUAGCCAACGUGUGGCGGGGGUCUCUGCCCAUACUUCAGUCAUUGUAAUCACUGCCAGAGACAAUCUGAACUAAAUCAGCAAUUCUCCAAAGUGAUAACUCAAUGGUUGCUCUCCAAUGCAGCACAACUAAAACACAAUUCUUUGUUGCGAUUAUUCUACCUAAGUGCUAUCCAAAUGUAGCUGCAAACCAGGAAACUGUGCUGUGAGGAAAAAGAUGAUACUGCCAUGUACCGUUUUGCUGUGCAAAACCACUGAAAGGAUGAACUUAGGAAUGGUUCUGUUUAUGAGCAUCAACCUUCAUGAAGCUGCUGUGAAUGGAAACCUUACUGUGCGUCCCCCAUUUACUGUGACUACAGCUGCAUUUGUGCUGAAUUUAUGAUGCUGAACGUCCUGAGACGUUUGGGGUCCCUGAGUUCCUAUGCAAGUCUUGUGACAAUAUCUGUUGUUUCUUUUGUAGCUGUAACACUGUCUUGCUUGAGAUCCAUACCUUUUGUGUUGGUAUUAGUAAAUUGUUCACUGUGAUUUUAAAAAAAUAAUGGCAGAAAUAA